AUGCAGCUGAUGCAGGAGCAGCGUGAGUACGUGCACGACGGGCUCAUGCUGCGAGUGGCCAACAUGGCGGCCAGGGCGGGCCACACGCCCCUCAUAGAGCACGUGUGGGACCGCCUCGUGCGCCGCCCCUACGCGCCCUCCCCCGCCUUCCACCUCGCGCGCAUCCACGCCUACAGCGCUGCGGCCAACUUCCCCUGCGCCUUCCGAGCCGCGCUGCACCUGCAGACUUCCUGCUGCACCCUCGCUCGCGCGCCCCAACGACCUCCCCCCCUGGUUCCACGCCUUCCCCAAGUUCCGCCCCGAGGGGGGGUGACAGGUAGCGGCGCGCCAUUGGAGGAGCUGAACCCGUUCACGUCACUGCGGCCGCUGACGCUGGCGCUGUGCUCCAGCGUGGAUGUGCUCGAUAAGGGCUACAGCAUGUUGGAGGGCAUGCACGCGCAGGGCGAGGUGGUGGCACUGGCAGCACUCAACUGCGUGGUGGCGGGGUGUGCCAUGCAGCGCGACGUGGGGCGCGCUCAGCUCACCUUGGAUGAGAUCACGCGCACCUUCGGCCUGCAGCCCGACACACACUCCUUCAACGCGCUCAUGGACUGCUACUCGGGCGUCGCUGACGUGCGCACGGUGGUGCAGCUGUUUGAGCACAUGACGCGCACACUGCACCUGCCGCCCACCACUGACACCUACACCAUCCUUGUCGACGCCCACAUCCGCGCCUUCGAUGCACCAGGGGCAUGCAUCGCCAUGGAUAAAAUGGUGGAGGCGGGCUUCACGCCGUCGCGCCCGCUGCUGCUGCGCCUGCGGCGGCGCUGCCUGUGCUCCGGUCUGUCCGAGGGCGUGGCGCGCGCGGAGGGCGUGCUGCAGGCGCUGCGCUUCCGCACCGUCAACGCCGACGAGCGCCGGCGCCGCCUCCACCUCGCCCACCUGCCGCCCUCCGUGGCGGACCCCCGCCUUGCUGCCCGCACGCAAGGCAGGGGGCAGCGAGAGGGGGGGCAGCGGUGGGGGAGGCGGCGAUGGGAGCAGCAGGGGCAGCAGGAGCAGCAGGGGGAGCAGCGGCAGCAAGCGUGGCAGGAGGGGCGGCGGCAAGAGGGAGAGGCAGGUUCACCUGGUAUGUGA